AAAUCCGAGGCGACUUCUGUAGCCGCUACACCAGCCUCCGAGUCCUCGAUGCACCAAGCUCCUGGUGAGGAUGGAGAGUCCGAAAGGGGUCUUGAUGAGAACUCUGUCGGUGUAGGAGAGCUCACAGGUGACAAUCGACUUUUGCAUCGAUACAGGAAAGCUAAAAUGGGUGUGUUUUGGGCUGAUAGAUUGGUUUUUCCAAACUAG